AUGGACAUUGGACCACUGGAAAAUGAGGCUGAAGAAGUAGCAAUAGGGAAAACAGAAAUGGCGGUAGAACUAAAUAGGUACUGGACAUCAGUCUUCACAAUGGCAGACACCAACAACUUACCAGAAUUUCAAGGGUCAGGGGUCAGAGGAUCUUUCCCUAUCAGACUGGCCAAUGGUAACAGCAAUUGCUCAGGAAGAGUGGAGAUCUUUUACAAUUCCACCUGGGGCACAGUCUGUGAUGACGGCUGGGAUGUCAGCAACGGAGGCAUUGUCUGCAGACAGCUGAACUGUGGGAAGUUCAAGUCAGUAACUGGGGCUUAUUAUGGACAAGAGGGCGGGCAGAUCCUGCUCAGUGGGGUUAGAUGUAAUGGAACAGAACACUCACUGGACCAAUGCUUUGCCAACCCACUUGGUGUCAAUAACAGUGUUGGAUGUCAACAUGCAGGAGUGAUUUGCUCAGGAUCAGGAUUGGUGAGACUGGAAGAUGGAAGAAAUUUGUGUGAUGGGAGAGUGGCUAUUUUUCACAACUCCACUUGGGGAACGGUUUGUAGUGAUUACUGGGACCUACAUGAUGCACAGGUGGUGUGUAGACAGCUCAACUGUGGGAGGGCAAUCCAGGCCACCACUGGAGCAUUUUUUGGACAGGGCAGUGGACCAAUCUGGUUAGAUGAUGUGCUCUGUGACGGAACAGAGUCAAGUCUCGAUCAGUGCGUUGCGGCACACUGGGGUGAGAAUAACUGUCAACACAACGAGGAUGCUGGAGUUCGCUGUUCAGGAUCUUUCCCUGUCAGACUGGCUGAUGGGAACAACAUUUGUUCAGGGAGAGUGGAGAUCCUUUAUAAGUCCACCUGGGGCACAGUCUGUGAUGUUGGCUGGAAUCUCAUCAACGGAGACAUAGUCUGCAGACAGCUGAACUGUGGGGAAGCCAAGUCGGUAACUGGGGCUUAUCGUGGACAGGGGGGCGGGGAGAUCCUGCUCAGUGGGGUCCAGUGCCUAUACGGCUGGUGA